AGUAUUUGAAAAGCAGGAAACUGGACUUAUGUAAGGAUGGACAGUGGGCUGUGGUCACUCUCUCUGGGGUUAGCUCUGUUGUGAGGCUUCUCUUGGGGCCCAUCCUUGCUUGAUAUGCUUACUGGGCUUCAAGCUUUCUAUGACAAGGAGAGCCUUUCCCAGGAGCCCCCAAGGAAAGCCAGUGAGCCAGCCUGCAGGACAGACCAGUUUCUGUGCCAGUAGAACUGCAGGCCAACCUAUAAGAUGGCCACCCGGAACCUGAAUACCAGAUCAGCCUGUGCUUUGGUGAGGACCAUCCAGGCCCGCUAGACUGGGAGAGGCUUGCGGCUCAUAAUGUGGGAGGAGGACUGCCUUGCUGCCCGGUACCGCCACAGGGGAAGCCAGUCUUUGCUCAGCAGCUCCUCCCGCCCUGGAAGCGCCUGUACCUGGAGGCCUCACAGGACCCCUGCCCAGCAUCCUCCGUAGCACCCCCACCUUCUGGCAUAGCAGCGUGACACGGAAUGACACCUUCUGACACAGCCCUAAACUGGCUGCUUCCCCUCUCACAUCUGCUAAAAGCAGUGCACCACGGGGGGCCUCAACCUCGCCCUCCCUGAACCGGUGCAGAUCUCUGCCCACGUCAGUGGUCCAACACUUCCACUGCUCACUCCUUGGAGCUGGCCUGACCCUGCCAGAAAGCUCUUCCACUUCGCUUUGAAGCCCUUCUUCCUGGCGAUUACACCCUAAGAGCUGUUCAGAGGUGGACCAGCCUAGAGCAGAGAGCCCUACCACCCAGCCGCUCUGGGUUUCAGGCCCUCUGUCCUACCUAUCAUUUCUGUUUCUGGGGGAGCAGUGGGGAAGUGGCAUCUCAAAACAACACUUGGCCGGAGUCCUGGGCUUUGGGUGCCACUAGUUAAAGCACCAGUACCCAGAGGACUCUGUCUUUGGAGAAAGGCACACAGCUCUAAGGCAGACUCCAUGACCAGAGGCCACCUUCUACCCCAAGGCCUGCUGACCUUUACAGACUGCUAGAGGGAACUCAAGAGGACUGAGAGGAGAUCCUUGAACAGGCAAUCUACCAUCUCUGUCCUCCCCCUGGCUUGUGAGUUGGGUAGCCCCCCCCCCUUAUCUGGACUUAUUUAUAGGAUCCUUAUUUUGGAUGCCAACAUAAUAAAUCUCUUUAAAAUAAAUCUCUUUUAAUAACAUGUCAGUAAGUCUCCCUUCCUUUCCUUUCUCUUUCUUUCUCUCUUCCUUUCUUUCUGUGCUAGGAAUCAAACUCUGGGCCUUGUAUAUGCUCAGCAUAUCCUCUACCACUGAACUACACCCCCAGCCCAUACGUCAAUCUGUAUGGAGAAAGUGAUAUGAUUUGACAAAGGACAGAAGUUCACUGGGUUUUUUCCCCAGUCAUUCCGGGAAUGUUUCUUGCCUUGCUAACUGUUUCAGUGCCCUGUGCUGGAUGCGGGGGACAGAGCAAAACAACAUGGUCUUUACGCUCUUGGGGUUCACAGCCUGUUUCCAGCUGGGGUCCUAUGACUGUCCCCACUCCUGACCUUCACAAACGGGGUGACUGGGGAUGUGCACCAAAAGGGCUGACUUUGUCCUGGCCUUUGCUGUACCCCAGCUCCAGGCUGAGGUUAGGAGAGCACGAAUUCACAGAAUUCGUGUCCAGACACACGCACACACGCACACACACACACACACACACACAUGCCAGGCUCUCCCAGGACACCGUCUCCUAAGGGAUCCUGUUGUGUCCUCAGCACAGUGUGGACACGGACAACUUAGCAGUUGCGUUGUAGAGAUCGGAAGCUGAGGGCUCUGUCCAGAUGGCUGUCCUACCCACACCAAUCACUAGAGGGCGCCAGGGCUCAGGGGAACUGACUUGAGCAAAGUCCUCAAGGGUCCUGAAGUCCUCCAAAAUCUACUAGCCAGGCCCGGAAUAGUGCGGCCAGGAGGGCUCCGGAGUAUGGGAAGGAAGCUGCAGAGGAGGGAGGAGGAAAAGCCAGAACUAGGGUACGUGAGAAGACACUGUAGCUUUUCUCACUUCUCAGGGACUCUGCUUAGAUUCUCUCCUUGUUCUCCCCUGCUCUACCUUGGGCCAUACCUGUGUCCCUGAAGUUCUGUCUGUCUGUCUGUCUGUCUGUCUGUCUGUCUACUUCAUUAUUUUCCUGUGCUGUGGCUGGCACUCUCUCCGUAUGCUUACUGUCUCUCUCCUUCUACAUGUGUGCAUGUGUGUGUGUGUGUCUGUCUGUCUGUCGUCUGACUGCCUACCUGCCCCUGUCUAACUCAAUUUCAGGGCCUGUCCCUGCCCUCCCACCCCUUCGUCCUGCAGCUGCUCACAGCUUCCGACUGCUGGCCUCCCUUGCCCGCCUCCUUAGACUUGACAAGGGCGGUGAGAGAGGAGGGAAGGGCAGCCUGGUGGGCCCACCUCUUUUUGCCUUUCUAGGCUGGGAGGCUGGGCCAGUAGGUCUUUUAACAGGCUGGGCAGCCCUUGCAGAUCACCAGCCCCGAAUGCCGAAUGCCGUGCCUGGCUCUGGGGUCCAGCAGCACCGCCAGCAUGCAGCAGCAACCAGCGCCGGGACCCUUGGCUCCUUCCGCAGAGCCCACCAAGCCCCCUUACAGCUACAUAGCCCUGAUUGCCAUGGCUAUCCAGAGUUCGCCAGGUCAGCGGGCCACCCUCAGCGGCAUCUACCGCUACAUCAUGAGCCGCUUCGCCUUCUACCGGCACAACCGGCCGGGCUGGCAAAACAGCAUCCGCCAUAACCUGUCUCUCAACGAGUGCUUCGUCAAGGUGCCCCGUGACGACCGAAAGCCAGGCAAGGGCAGCUACUGGACCCUGGAUCCCGAGUGCCACGACAUGUUCCAGCACGGCAGCUUCCUCCGCCGCCGCAGGCGCUUCACCAAGCGCACAGGUGCCCAGGGUAUGAAGGGCCCUGGCAAGGCAGACCACAGGCCCCUUAGAGCCAGCAGCCCGGACCCAGGAGCACCCAGCACUGCAGCUGGCAGGCUGUGCCCGUUCCCACCAGAGGUGCCAAACCCUAAGGGCUCAAGUUUUGGGGGUCUGAUGGGGUCUUUGCCAGCCAGCAUGCGCCCGGCAACCAGUGACGCCAGACCCCAGUUGCCUAUGGGAUCCAAAGAGAUGUGCUCGCCCAAGUCUGCAGGCCCAAGGGAGCUCUCCGAAGCCACCUCACCCUCCCCGUGCCCGGCAUUCGGCUUUUCCGCUGCCUUCUCUGAAGCUGAGAGUCUCGGCAAGGGCCCCACACCCGGCGUGGCUCCUGAGGCUACCUCAAGCAGCUACCAGUGCCGGAUGCAAACGCUGAAUUUCUGUAUGGGGACUGACCCAGGCAUUGAACACCUCUUGGCCUCUGCAGUCCCCACCCCUACACCCUCGACUCCUUCAGCCUCUCACCGGGCCCCACUGCCCCUGCCAGCUGACUCCAAGGAACCCUGGGUGGCUGGGAGCUUCCCUGUCCAGGGAGGUUCCGGCUAUCCCCUAGGGCUACCCCCAUGUCUUUACCGGACACCGGGAAUGUUCUUCUUCGAGUGACUGCCUGCAGCAGCCCCUCUGUAGGGCCUCUGCUAUUCUCUUCAGACUCAGGCUGGCUGUAGGACCUAGGGUACUCUGCAAGGACCCAGCCCUGGCAGGCCAAGGACUGAAGAUCAGAAGGCGGAAGUGAGCGAUCAGCCAGGUCCCGGGGGGCCUCCUGACAAACUUGGGAUGAGGGGAAAUGGGGCCCGAGAGAUGUCGUCUGUGCUUCUCAGGGCUAAUAAAGCCAGUGUGGUGAUGA